AUGCGGAGCGGAGAAAAACGCAAUCACCACCAUCAUCAUCAUUUAAAAUUCCAUGUACAUGUGCAUCUGCCUUUUCACCUUCAUCAUCACGAGAAUAUUGAGGAAUUGAGGGACAUCCCAAGAGGAUGCGUUGCGGUGAUGGUUGGUCAAGGAGAAGAGCAACAGAGGUUCGUCAUACCAGUGAUGCACAUCAACCAUCCUCUCUUCAUCCAGUUGUUGAAAGGAGCUGAGGAUGAAGUCAACUUUCAUCACAAUGGUCCCAUAAACAUCCCUUGUCAGGUGGAGGAGUUCCGUUACGUUGAGGAUAUCAUAGACAAGGAUAGUAAUCACUAUUUGUGGUGCUUCAAGCCCUGA